ACCCGAAGUCCCAAGAAGCCUUGGGCCUUGGCUAACCUAGACUGAUCGUUUGAUUUCCCUAAAGGAAUACUAGAAGUCCUAGAGUACGAUGAGGAAGUGGACGAUCCCUUCAGCUCUGCUCGUUCUCUGCCUCCUCUUUGUCCUUCCAGAUCAAGGUCGGAAGCUACACGCAAAUGCAGAGGCUUCGGAAGAGCUUGUAGAUCCUCCGAAGGUGGAGGAGAAGAUCGGGGCCAUACCUAAUGGCCUGUCUACCGAUUCUGAUGUUGUCAAGAGGGAGUCGGAGUCAAUCUCCAGUAGAUCUCUGCGCAACAGCGCGGAGAAGUUUCAGUUCCAGGCCGAGGUGUCUCGGCUUAUGGAUAUUAUUAUUAACUCCCUCUAUAGCAACAAGGACAUUUUCCUCAGGGAGUUGAUCUCCAACGCUUCUGAUGCACUGGACAAGAUCAGGUUCCUUUCUCUCACGGACAAAGAGAUUUUGGGUGAAGGUGAUGACGCGAAGCUUGAGAUCCAGAUAAAAUUGGACAAGGAGAAGAAAAUCCUUUCAAUUCGUGACAGAGGUAUUGGAAUGACAAAGGAGGAGUUAAUCAAGAACUUGGGUACCAUAGCAAAGUCUGGAACUUCAGCGUUUGUGGAGAAAAUGCAGGCAAGUGGGGAUUUCAAUCUCAUUGGACAGUUUGGCGUUGGUUUCUACUCUGUGUAUCUUGUUGCGGACUAUGUUGAAGUCAUUAGCAAACAUAAUGAUGACAAACAGUAUGUGUGGGAAUCGAAGGCUGAUGGGGCAUUUGCCGUAUCUGAGGAUACCUGGAAUGAACCACUAGGACGUGGAACUGAGAUUAGAUUGCACCUCAGAGAUGAAGCUGGGGAGUAUUUGGAGGAGAGCAAACUAAAAGAAUUGGUGAAGAAAUAUUCUGAAUUUAUCAACUUCCCCAUCUUUAUCUGGUCAACCAAGGAGGUUGAUGUAGAGGUUCCAGCUGAUGAAGAUGAAUCUAGCGAUGAAGAGGAAUCAUCCGAAAGCACUUCUUCCGAGGAAGGGGAAGAUGAGGAUUCUGAGAAAGGUGAUGAUGAAGACGCUGAAAAGAAACCAAAGAAGAAGACGGUUAAGGAAACAACUUCAGAGUGGGAGCUUCUGAAUGAUGUUAAAGCUAUAUGGCUGCGGAACCCGAAGGAGGUGACGGAUGAUGAAUACGCCAAAUUUUACCAUUCUCUCGCAAAGGACUUUGGCGAUGAGAAACCUUUAGCAUGGAGUCACUUUACAGCUGAGGGUGACGUUGAGUUCAAGGCAGUUUUGUUCGUGCCACCCAAGGCGCCUCAUGAUCUAUACGAGAGUUAUUACAAUGCCAAAAAAUCUAACUUGAAGUUGUACGUUAGGCGGGUUUUCAUCUCAGAUGAAUUUGAUGAGCUUUUGCCGAAGUAUUUGAACUUUUUAAUGGGUCUUGUUGAUUCUGACACUUUGCCACUCAACGUAUCACGUGAAAUGCUUCAACAACACAGCAGUUUGAAAACAAUCAAGAAGAAGCUCAUCCGCAAGGCUCUUGAUAUGAUCCGUAAAAUUGCUGAUGAGGAUCCAGAUGAAUCCAAUGACAAAGAAAAGAAAGAAGUUGACAAAUCUGGUGAUGACAAUGAGAAGAAGGGUCAAUACACCAAAUUCUGGAAUGAGUUUGGCAAGUCCAUUAAACUUGGUAUUGUUGAAGAUGCAACUAACAGGAAUCGAUUGGCAAAACUUCUCAGAUUUGAGAGUACCAAAUCAGAUGGCAAAUUGACUUCUCUAGACCAGUAUAUCUCAAGAAUGAGAUCGGGGCAGAAGGAUAUCUUCUACAUAACAGGAACCAACAAGGAACAAUUGGAAAAGUCUCCAUUCCUUGAACGGCUUAAGAAGAAAAAUUAUGAGGUCAUUUUCUUUACCGAUCCUGUUGAUGAAUACCUGAUGCAAUACCUUAUGGAUUAUGAAGACAAAAAAUUCCAGAAUGUGUCCAAAGAGGGUCUGAAACUUGGGAAAGACUCUAAAGACAAGGAACUCAAAGAAUCGUUCAAGGAACUCACUAAAUGGUGGAAGGGUGCUCUUGCCAGUGAUAAUGUUGAUGAUGUGAAGAUAUCCAACCGUUUGGCUGACACACCAUGUGUGGUUGUGACAUCAAAGUAUGGAUGGAGUGCAAACAUGGAGAGGAUCAUGCAGGGGCAGACUUUAUCCGAUGCUAACAAGCAAGCAUAUAUGCGCGGAAAGAGGGUACUCGAGAUCAACCCAAGGCACCCAAUUAUUAAGGAGCUCCGGGAGAGAGUGGUGACGAACCCUGAGGAUGCGAGCGUGAAGCAAACAGCAUAUCUUAUCUACCAGACUGCACUCAUGGAGAGCGGCUUCACGCUGAGUGACCCCAAGGAUUUUGCAUCUCGUAUCUACAGCUCGGUGAAGUCUAGCCUAAACAUCAGUCCUGAUGCAGCAGUUGAGGAGGAAGAUGAUGCCGAAGAAGUUGAGACUGAAACUGAUUCGAAAGAAGCCGCAGCUACACCCAAGGCUGAAGCUGUGAAGGAUGAUGCAGAUUCAGAGCCUUCUUUUGUUGACAAGGAUGAGUUGUAGAUUGCUUGAAGAUUAGACAACCUCGCUUGUUUUUUUUUUUUUUUUUUGACUGCGGUUAAGGUGAGACUUAAAAGGUACUACGCGCAUUUUGUUUCCGUUGGUAGAAGCUCUCGCUAAGAAGAAACGAUAGAUCAAUAGAUGGAACUGUAAUUGUUACCGCCCUGAAUUUUGCCCUCUACCACCCACCUACCCACCCAGUUACUUAAUGAGUUUAUAAAAUUAUGAUGCGUGCCUUGCAAAAACUGUUUAUACA